AUGACAAAAUUUUUUACUCGACAUGCCUCGGCUCGACUCCGUUCAGCUAGCAGCGAUAAUGCUAGCACAUCUAUUGUGACUGGUGAUACUGAAGGCCUUGAUCAAUCGCCCUCUGCUUCCGCUAAUGGAGGCAGCUGUAAUGUGCCGGCCAGCCAAGUAAUGGCAUGUCCGAUGGGAGGUGGAUGUCGCGUCGAGGGCCCUGGCCGUGGCAAAUGUCCACAUUGUCGAUUCAAGAAGUGCCUUGACCUUGGCAUGAAUUUGACACCACCAGGUGGCGAAAGUGGCUGCGAUAUUUCCCAGAUCCCCUGUCGAGUCUGUAGUGGACCUUCUUCUGGUUUUCAUUUUGGUGCACUUACAUGCGAAGGUUGUAAGGUAUGCCAAUUCUCAGUGUUUCUCAUAUUCAUGAUUAUGUCGCUAACUGUUUCGAAAGUUCAUUUCUACUUGUUAUAUCUUUUCUUAAAUUUUGUUUUUGAGUCGGUUUUCGCAACUACCAGCUCAGUAAUUUGUAUAUUUUUAUGCGUCUUGACUCAUACCCAUUUUGAAUUCCAUAUAUCGUUCAUAUCAAAUGUUUCAAGCUAA